AUGGCGCCAUCCACAUCCACCUCCUCCUCUUUUUGCUGUUGCACCAAAUACUUCACCCGCCGCCGACACAGCUCAUCAAAUGUUACCGUACCCGCCACAGAUUUGGCGCCAAUCGAGAUCAAGGUGAAUGGUGAGAGUCAGUUGACGGUGCCACGUGUCGCUUUGGUGCCACGUCAGAAAAGCAGCAGCAGCCACGUGGCGAUUACUGUAGAUGAUGAGCCCAUGGUGGAGCCGGAUGACGUGGAUUUGGAAUUCGAGACGGCACGGACUUCGAGGCAGACUGAUGACACGUAAGUGGGCGGGGCUUAAUCUGAGCAAUGCAUUUUUGAGGUACGGUAAUCCUAGGUGUCAAAAAUUUCCAACUUUUUGACACCAAACAAGCCUAGGGUUACUGUAGUUUUCAGGAUUACUGUAGGUUCCAAAAAGUUUGAUCUACAGUGAUUCUAAGAGUUACAGUAACCCUAGGCUUAUUUGGUCUCAAAAAUUGGGAAAUUUUGAACCUAGGGUUACUGUAGAUACAGUAAUCCUAGGCUUAUUUGGUCUCAAAAAAUCGCAAAUUUUCGAGCUAACCUGAGCAAUAUUUGUUUUUUGCAGAAAACUCGUCAAAAUGUCGGAGCUAUUCCGAAAAGUACGAAUCGAAGAAGGUCUCGAAGUGACGCCCCGCCCAAAAUCACCGCAAAAUUGUAAAUUUUGAAAAAAAAAACAGAUUCUCAUCUAGGUAUACUGUAGUUUAAAGGAACAUCUUCUCAUUUUUUUUAAAUUCAAGUUUUCCCGCUCGAAAAAUGGAUUUCAACAAAAAUCGAUAAUUUUCAGCAGCAGCCUCAACUACAGUACCCCCCGCCAAAACUACAGUAACCCACGCGAAAUCGAUGAGGAAAGCGAUUUUUAAUGAGGAUGGAGAUAUUACAUCGAGGACUAUACAGGAGGAGCAAAGAGUACGGUAGGUACAGUAAUCCCAGGCGUGUUUGGUGUCAAAAAUUUCAUUUUCCAGAAAACUUUCUGUAUCUAGUUUGGUCUCGCUCCCAGUCAUUCGACUUCCUUCAACUCCUCCAAAAUUCCAAAAAUCCACGCGACUUGGCCUAACUCGAAAAAUGUCGUCGGCUCCUCAAUUUAUCACCGCAUUUUUUGCCCUCACUUUAGCCUGUGUGACUAGUCUUCUCACUGCUAUUACCAAUAUUUUUGUGAGAGUUUAA